AUGCUCUACCAAUUGGUGCAAGCUGCAUCUUUAGUAAUAUGGGAUGAAGCAUUGAUGACACAUAGAUUUGCCUUUGAAGCAUUAGACAUAUCAUUUCGUGAUAUCUUGGCUACUUCAUCACCAACAGCAAGAGAUUUACCUUUUGGCGGAAAAGUUAUUGUUCUGGGAGGAGACCUCAGACAAACAUUACCUGUAAUUGAAGGCGGGAGCCGUUCAGAAAUCGUUAAUGCAGCAAUAAUCAACUCUCCCCUUUGGUCUCAUCUUGAGUAUUUGAAAGAUCGUGCCAUAUUGACUCCUACUAAUGAUAUAGUUGAUUCCAUAAAUGAAUACAUUGUGUCUCUUAUCCCUGAAGAGACAAAAGAGUAUUUAAGCUGUGACAAAGUCAUCAAAGAUCGAAUAGUCCUCAAAAAGGGUACACCAAUUAUGCUUCUUAGAAAUCUGAACCAAUCAGAAGGUCUAUGCAACGGUACAAGAUUAAUUAUAACAUCUUUGGGAGACAAAGUUAUUGAAGGUCAGAUAAUGACAAGUACUCAUAAAUCAAAAAUUGUGAUAAUACCUCGUAUAUCAUUGACAUUAAAGAAUACAAGAUGGCCAUUUGUUCUACAAAGACGCCAAUACCCUAUAAAGGUAUGCUAUGCAAUGACAAUUAAUAAGAGCCAAGGACAAACACUUUCAAAAGUUGGGGUAUAUCUGAAGAAACCAGUUUUCACACAUGGACAAUUGUAUGUUGCAAUAUCAAGAGUUACAUCACAAAAUGGUCUUUUUAUCCUUAUCGAAGAUGAUUCAGGCAAUUGCAGUAUUAAGACUCGAAACAUAGUGUACAAAGAGGUCUUCACACGUAUUACUAUACAAGACAUUGAUGGAUAG